AUUAUAUAAAGGGGAAGAAAAGUUCUCGUCGGAUUUUAUCCAGACGAAUAUAUCUUACUUUUAAUCGAGUAUCCUGGUCGAAUAAUCUGGGAUUUUGUGCUGAAAUCUCGUAAGGCAGAAGCUGCUAUGAAGUAGAAAGCGAAUUAGAAGAUUGAAGAUUUUCAAGAAAGAUUGACGAAGCGGAAGGGAGGAUCGCUAUCGAUCGAAAAUCGGUCGAAAGGAUUUUCGGGAUUACGGUGCUCACAAUUUACGGGAUUCAUCGAGAUUUAAAACGCUGCGAAGCGAGCCCGGUACAGCGAGGCGUGUCAAGGGACACUGAGCGAGAGGAAGCCGAAAGGACCAUCGGUCGGGAGAGGAGGAGAGACAGAAAGUCACGUACGCUUGUAUUUUUGCUCUCGCGGGAAAUCAACGACUGUAAAGAGGCGAGACUAUCGAGGACUUGGCGAAUAGCGAGAAUACCGUUGUCGUUCUGUAUCACAGUGGCCGAUAGAUUGAUAACGAGUCGAUCGGCGCCGGCGCAAGAGAGAGAAGGCGCAUCGGAGCGCAACUUCUUUGAAGCGAUUGGUGGAAGGUACUUCUUCCCGGCAUUCGUCCCGAAUUUGUAUUAACCGCAUGCCGAAAAAUUAUCUCGAAAUUUCAUGGCACGCGCUGUCUCGCAUCAUUCGCGCCCGAUCGCAAAAUUGCAACUCAACCAUUAUGCAAAUGAGCGGCGAGAGAAAAAAAAGCGAAGUUCCUCGCUUUAGAAAAUAUAAGAUUACAUAAAAUAGCAUUAUAAAAUUGCGCGAGAGAACACACGAUUUUCAUGAUAAAAAAUCACGGAUUACCGAUAAGUCGCGAGGUAAUUCAAAAAAAUUGAAAAUCAAGAGAUCAAGCAUCGGAUCCAGAAGGAAAGAACAAAGGCAAAUAUUGACAACGCGAACAUUACAGGGCUUGAUAAAAAGAUUUAGCGUUCUUUCUCUCCGCUUUCUUUUUUCGACAACUUUCGGCGCGGCAAUUUAUCCGCGCGCUGCCUUUUACGGUGGCUUAGGGAUAUCACGAGGGAUCCAGGAUGCGUCUCGGCCUCUCCCGCAAAGUUGUCGGGAGUAUCAGACCUUUUAUCGGGAACAAGGAGAAAUGAAGUUAUCAGUGUCGGCUUACACAGCUCAGGCCAGUGCUCACAAAAAUCUCUGCAGUUAUCAGCAUCAGCGAAGCUACGGGGCCACAAAUCAAGCGUCAACGGCCCGGACCCCCUCAGACCUCGCGACGGUCCUUCCUGCCCUCAAGGUGGACCGGGCGGAGAAGGAGGAAGGGCAGGGAGAGGGUGGUCUGGCGCCGUCUUGCAGCGGUGCCUCCGGUUCGAGGAUGGGCCCCGGGCCCGAUUCCGGCAGCAGCGCUCCCUCUUCGGUUCCCCAGUCGCUGGCUACUUCAAGGGACGACGAGGACGACGAAGACGAUGAGAGCAGCGGCAGACGGUCCAAUGGUCACGGAGGAUCGAGAUCAUCGGAGAUCUAUCGACAACGACAAGCUAUUUCGAGCCAACGGCGAGCCUUCGCGACUAAGACAGCUGGUGCAGGAUUAGCCUCGACGACCUCGGAAUCGUUAGAGAGCUACGCCCUCGACGCCGAGAUACCCGCAGCAGCCAGGAGGCCCCGUAGCACGAGGGGUUCGCAAAAAUGGAGUAACGUACGCGCAGUCAUGGCGUUAUAUUCCUCUCUACGCAAAAUCAAGAGAACGAAGAGCAAUCAACGGUGGAUGAAACUACGAACGACGGUGCAGCUGUCCUCGGCGAUCUCAACGAUCCAGAAGAAACCGCCGCUAAAGCGCGAAGACUCGUUCUUAAAGCGGUUCUCCACCAGACAGAUACCGGAGAGCCAGGAGACUCUCGAUACCGCCGAGGGCGAGGGAGACGCGACCGACGACAAGGAGGCGGGUAGUCGGCGCCGCAGGCGACCGCGUAGACCUCAGAAACCUCCCAAGACUGUGGUCAACCCCGACGAAAACUUCUACUAUUAUUGGCUGAUGCUACUGUCGGCUUGCGUCCUUUACAACCUCUGGACGCUGAUCGUCCGUCAAAGUCUGCCAGAGUUGCAGGCGUUGGCGCCUUCCGCCUGGCUCGCCUGCGACGGCUUCACCGACGUGGUGUUCUUCCUGGACGUGGCGGUGCAGUUUCGCACCGGCUACCUCGAGCAGGGUUUGAUGGUCUACAAUAGCAAAAAACUGGCCGGUCACUACAUCAAGUCCAAGUCUUUCAUCCUCGAUUUGCUGGCGCUGAUGCCCCUCGAUUUGCUGCAGGUGAAUCUCGGCAGCAAUCCGAUGCUGAGGUUCCCCAGGUUCCUGAAGAUCUAUCGAGUGUACAAUUACUAUUACAUGGUGGAGUCGCGCACGGUCUAUCCGAAUCUCUGGCGCGUGCUGAAUCUCAUUCACAUACUGCUCAUCCUGGCACACUGGUUCGGCUGCUUUUACUAUCUACUAAGCGAGGCCGAGAGCUUCCAGGGUGACUGGGUGUAUCCUUAUCGGCCCGGCGAAUACGCAACCCUGACCAGGAAGUACCUCGGCUCUCUAUACUGGUCUACCCUCACGCUGACCACCAUCGGUGACCUGCCCACGCCGGAGACCAACGCCGAAGUCGUAGCGGGCGGCAAUCCCCGGAGCCUCGCUCGUCGCGGCCGACUGUCCCGGCUUCUGCAGUUCAAGCAUAACGGAGGGUACGUCUUCACGAUAGUCAGCUACUUGAUCGGCGUCUUCAUAUUCGCGACCAUCGUUGGCCAGGUCGGCAAUGUCAUCACCAACAGGAACGCGAACCGUCUCGAGUUCGAGAGGCUCUUGGACGGCGCCAAGACUUAUAUGAGGCAUCAUAAGGUGCCGGGCGGUAUGAAACGUCGGGUGCUCAGGUGGUACGACUAUAGCUGGUCACGCGGCAGGAUACAAGGCGGAGGUGACAUCAACACCGCUCUCGGUCUGCUCCCGGAUAAGCUCAAGACCGAGCUGGCAUUGCACGUGAACCUCUCGGUGCUAAAGAAGGUCACCAUCUUUCAGGAAUGUCAGCCGGAAUUUCUGCACGAUCUCGUCCUGAAGAUGAAGGCCUACAUUUUCACCCCCGGUGAUUCGAUAUGUCGAAAGGGCGAGGUUGCUCGCGAGAUGUUCAUAAUAGCCGACGGUAUUCUGGAGGUGAUCAGCGAAACUGGCAGAGUCCUAACGACAAUGAAGGCAGGGGAUUUUUUCGGCGAGAUUGGUAUACUCAAUCUGGACGGAUUGAAUAAACGCACAGCUGAUGUUCGUUCAGUGGGUUACUCCGAGCUAUUCAGCCUUUCGCGAGAGGACGUGCUGGCAGCAAUGAAGGAUUAUCCGGAGGCGCAGGAAAUUCUGCAGAAUCUCGGUCGAAAGCGACUGAUGGAAGCGCAGAGAGUAGCGCGAGCAUGGCGUCGACCUACGUCUCCGGGUCACGAUUCAUCCGACAACAGCACCGGCAAAAGGAUUGUCGACAAGCUAAAGAGCGACGUGAAAGGACUGAAGAAUGUCUUGAGAAAGAGCAGACGCAACACACGACCAGAAGAGAGCCUGGAGCUGCAGCCACUAGCACCGAAGAUACCGGCUCUGAGAAGACAACAAAAGAUCGAUGAGAGUCAUGACUUGACUCUGCCCAACAGCCAGGAGACACCGGCGACGGUAUCGCCGUUGGGCGCCGGCUUACCUUUACUAUCAAGACUCAGGUUAUUGAAAGAAAAGGAGGAGAGGGAGGAACGACGCAACCUGAUGGACACACCGAGCCAUGCGACCGAGCCUCAAGCACCGCCACCCUCCGAGGCCUUGAACCCCACUAAUCCGAAUUUACCAUUCCUACAAAGAAUACUUUUGCUGAAAGCAAAAAACGAGCAGGAAGCCGCUCAAACAGAGAAGGAGGCACCAUGCACCAAGGAACAUCUGCUACCUAAGAACGCUAUUCCUGAAGAACCAAGUACGCAGUCCGACGAGCAGCCAUCUUCAAACGGUCAAAGCGGCAUCGCGACCAUCACGGCUACCGCGACCUCGCAGGUCGAGACGCGAAUAGCGGCCAAGAAGCCCUGGGUCGCGCUGAAGAACGCGUCCUUGACUACCAAGGACAAUUCAUCGCAGAAAAGCCCACCGGCCAGAAAGCUGCAGCAAACCAAAAUGUAUGCUUCGGUUGACGAUCUCUCACCAGAAUACUGCGGUCUGCCAUUCGUCAAGAAGCUCAAAAUUCUCAACGAGAGGCAGAAGCUGGCCGAAUUGGAAAAGGCGGUUAGAAGCUCGUCCCUCGAUUGUGGCGAGAAUGUCGAGCCAGAGUUUGACAGCAACCUCACGAGGAGUCAUUCGGAGGCCUGUGCUAUCGAAUACGCCAGGAAGCUAGCCAAGUACAAUCAAGCUCGACAAGCAUCAGUGUCGUCGGUGGAGCAGCUAUCGCCGGAGAACGAGACACUCGAGAGGCGGAACUUGAAGAGUAUCCUGAAGAAACUAUCGGCUAGCAGUAGUAGAGCAAGCAGCAGCGAGACUUCGAUUACAAGCACACCGGAUCGACAAGCCGCGACUGCUGAGUUAAAGAAGUUAAUGAGAGCGCCAACAAUCGAAGGUUAUGCCGCGCGGCACACGAAACUGUCCAAGAGCGUAACUUUUAAUAAAUACACGUUGCAAAGCCCACCAUCCGAGCAACCUCUGCAACCACCGCCGUCGAAUUCCGGAUCCCAGGAUCAGCCGUCACUGUCGCCGCCCAAUAAACUCAGUUUCCGUCCUGUAGGCAGUGCUGGUAUCCUGCAAACGGUAUCCCGAUCGCGGGAGGAAGAGUGCCUGGGCGAAUUACUCUCCGGAGUCGGCGAGGUCAUCAAGGCAAGUCUGGAGGAUAUGCAGAGUAAAUUCGUGCGACAGUUUACAUCGCUCGAGUCGGAGGUCCGCAAACGCGACGAGAUAAUAUCGCAGUUGCAGGCGCGAAUCCAGCAACUCGAGCGAAGGAGGAGGAAAUCACACGAUGAUGAUUCCGGCGGGGACAGCACUGAGCACGAUGCUUCCAUGGAAGAGGAUCUCGACGAUGAUUGUGAGGAUCAUCCUUUCAUGCGCGACAGUUCCGUGGAUACAGUCAUGACUGCGCGAUUGCGCGAUCGACGCUCGUCGGUGGGUUCCAGCUCACGUAGCAGGCGAUCAUGGGAAGAGCAUUCGGAGAGAGAGACCUUGGAACUGCAAGAGCUGCCGAAUUCGAUAGUGCCGCAAAGAUUAUCGCGGGAGGACGUGGCGAUCGAUCUGGAAUCGAACAGCGACAGUAGAUCGGACGAGGAGUUUGACGUUUGCGUGCGUCGCAAGGGCGAUAGUGACGAGGGCGACGAAGAAGACGAAGAGGAAGAGGAAGAAGAAAAUGACGAGGAUGAUGAUGAUGACAAGAUCAUGCGGCAGGAUGGCUAUAACAAUUGGGAGGUCGCUCUACUGGCUAAACAGCUCGGGGCGAGGAGAAGAAGCGGCGAUAAUGCUAGCCCGGGUUCCUAGCGCAUUAAUGAGAUUCUAGAAAUACUGUGUUACCUCACGAACACAAUACGCUCCGACGGAUGGUGCAACCCACUUGCUGGGUCCGGCGGUAGUGCAGCUUUUUGCGAACACACUCAUCGCUCAUACUCACAAUUAGAUUUCGAUAAUAUGACUAGUUGCAGUGAAACUAUGAUGUAGUAGCCUGAUUAGCAAAGCGUCGUUGAUAUUUUUUUUAAUUUGCUUUUUUCUUUUUAAUUUAAUUUUUCUAAUAUCUGUAUGAAAGGCGAUCUCUGAACUUUAAAGAAUCAGCAAACUUGUAGAAUUUCUUUUCUAUACGACGCUGAUAUUCUCUCGUGUAUGAAAGUAAGACAUUUUUAAAUCUAUUUUGUACUUUUUUAUUUUCUUAUUCGUUUUUAUAUAAUAAUUAUUUAUAUAUAAUUUUAUCGCUGAUAUAAUUCGUUUCAGAAUUAUUUGAUUUUUCUUUUAUAUUUCAUUUUAUUAUAUUGUAAAUAUUCACAGGUGUGCCUGAGAAAAUAUUAUACUUGGCAUAUUCAUAGUUAAGUUAUAAACAUCGUAAUUGAAUGUACAAGAGUACCUCAGAAUAGAUACGUACCAACACAGCAAGGUUGAAAUACAGGGAGCUUCUUAAAUACGAAUUUGAAAAUUAUCUCUGACAAAUCGAAACUUUAGCUAAACACCAACAACUAGUAUACAUUAUUCUAUACUAUUAUUAUAUCGUGGCAUCAGAAAUAUUUGUAUCAUUAUUGUUACUUUAUUGGCGAUACCUCUUUUCCCUGAUACCCAUUCAAUCAUAUUCUUGAAAAGCUGCACCACAAGCAAAUGGAGAUAUUAGUCAGUUGUACGAAGCGAGGAAGAAUAAAUAAUUUUAGAAAAGAAACAAAGAGAGAAAGAGAUAAAUAUAAUUUAAAGCGAGAUAAAAAAAAAUUAAUGAAAAUAUAUUACGUAUACUGACCAGACCAAGCUCAAUAUUUCUAGAGUCUUUACAAGAUACGACUAUUAAGCAACAAAAUGACUAUUAUAUAAAUAAGGUAAGGAAAGAGAGAAUUAUUUAAAAAAAUCUUGUACAUAUUUAGUCGAUAAUUUAUUUAUCUAUGAGUGAAAGAAAAAGAGCGAAUGCGCAUGAGGCUAGGAUUACUAAAAAAAGAAAUAGGGGAUACGAAUAUAAAAGUUAAAAUGAGAAAAUGAAUUUUGCUGGAUUACGAGAGGAGAAGCAUUUUAGAUGCUGAUAUGUACCUACUAUGUGCGGAAGAAAGGAACAUACAAUAAAGCAAAUGUUUUCAAA